AUGAGCGAGAUGUCAAUUACCACUGCACUCUUGGGUUUUGUCCCGGGUGCGGUAGGAGGCGUCUGCAACGUCUUUGUUGGACAUCCUAUAGAUCUCAUUAAAGUUCGUCAACAAAUCGGCACCGCGACGGCGUCCACUGCUUCUACUACUGCUCCGUCUAGACAGUCGUCGAUGAUGCCUAUCCGUAACGGUGUCGGCACGCUGGGUAUGUUGCGCUCGAUUGCCCAUGCGGAAGGACUUGCUGGCCUGUACGCCGGUGUCACUGCCCCACGACUCGCGGUCGUACCCGCCUUUGCCAUAACCUUUUCCAGCUACGAAGCUGCGAAAGCCUGGCAAUUGCGGCGCCGCGCAACAUUCCAAUCAUCCCCCCAAGCCGUUUUGACACUCAAAGAAAGCGCUAUUGCUGGCGGCUGCUCUGGAGUACCGCUCGCUCUCGUAAUUGGCCCCUUGGAACGGAUCAAAUGUCUCAUGCAGAUUGACAAAUCGCAAUAUUCAACAUUCUCCUCCAGUCUACAGUCGGUCUAUCGAGAUGGCGGUUUACGGUCUGUCUUUCGCGGCACAGGCUUGACCAUUCUCCGUGAUGUACCCGGGAACGCUGCUUAUUUUGCUGGAUACGAGUCCACGCAGCGCACUCUACGAUUAAGUGAGCCGUCCCUACCGGACGUUCUCGUCACGCUUUUGGCCGGCGGCAUGGCCGGAGUCGCCAACUGGAUUGUCGCCAUUCCUAUGGACGUUAUCAAGUCACGAUGGCAGACGGCCCCGACAACGCGAUACCGGAAUUAUCAGCAUGUGUUGCAGGAUCUCCUUGCCCGAGAAGGCCCAGCUGCCCUCUUCAAGGGACUCGGGCCUGCACUCCUACGGGCGUUCCCAGCCAACGCGGCCUGCUUACUUGGCGUCGAAACCGUCAAGACGCUGCUGUCGUAAAAUGUCGGAACACGGCUUGCGAUACAAUGAUACAAUGUAAAGGGGUAUAGAACGAACCGAAAACGUCACUGUGGUCGCAUGUAGAUACCGAAAAAGCAACACAAGAAAAAAGUCUUUUUUUACAGGAUAUGUGACUAUAAUCGUCAUUGACGCCCUGCCCUGCUCAUAAUGGACUUCGGUGGAUUGGGAUGAAAGUAAGAGAAUAGAGGUAUACAUAAAAUUUCUACCCGGAGU